ACAUGUGUUUUGUUGUUGACUUACCAUUCAGAAACCACUUGCUGCAUUCUUCUUGGCUGUGCAGAAGGCUCCACUAAUGCUUGUCAAAGAUAUACAGCUGUAUAACUGUGCAACUGCUUGCAGUGUGAAUAAAGUGUAAAUGUUGAGUUGGGCGUGGCCAGCAGAGACAAGAGGCAAUAAAACAUCUCUUUCUGAAAGGAGCAGAACUGAAAUCUCAUUUCCUAAGAUUGAUUUUUCACAAAAAAUGUGAUGAAAACCUUUAAACCAUAGGCCUAUUCUAACCCGUCCAAGGAUGCAUAAUAGGAUAACAGUUUAUUAAUGGGUUUUAUCAGUACAUUCUGGCACAAUCGCCCUUUGAGGACAUUGAUGAUCUGGAUUAGACCCAAAAUGAAAAUGAGUUUGACUGGUCUAGAGGAACUGUAAUUCAUUGGAGGCUGGAAAAUGUGAGUAACUCUCCAACUUCUUCACAUCCAGGAAGGAGAUCCUGCAGGAAUACUUUGACAUCUCCACCCUCCUCCAGCAGGAAGUGGUGAAGGUCCACAGGGAGAUGUCAUCCGCCCUCAUCGCCAUCGAUCCGCACAGAGAGUACGAGAGCUUCACCCAGCAGAACCGGUCCGUCGGGGAGAUCCCUGUUUGUGUAGACUUUGACUGCAGCCUCCUGGAGGACACGGAGCAGCUGAAGCCCAAAGAGAUCGAGCUGAAUGACCUCACCUUGGAGACGAUCCAGCACAAGCUGACUGCGAUCGAAGAGGAGUUGCUGGCCCUGGCUCGGUCUCUGGGCUCUCAGCAGACGUCUGUGGAGCAGCUGGAGCUGGAGCUGGAGAACGAGGUGGACGGAAACAAAAAAGGCCAGAGGGUUUAUCAGUUCAGCAAGAGACAUGCAAUGGAGGAGUGCAGACAGCAGGUUGCUCUGUCUCAGGGUAUAAAAGCGAAACUGGAGGUUCAGAGACUUCUUCUAAAGGAGAAACUGGACCAGCUGGGCUUCAGAGAACCUCCACAGGCCCUCAGGCUGGACAUGGACUCUGUUUCGCUUUUAUCCAGCACAAGCAAUGACAAUGUUCAAACUUCGGGUAAAAUCCUCGUGGACGGGAUCAUAAACAACCUGAGCAACCUGUUUAGACACAAAUCUGAGGUUCACCAAGUGCAGGAAGUGGACCGGCCUCUGUCUCAGCAGGACUGGUACCACGGAGCCAUUCCCCGGCUGGAGGUGCAGCAGCUGCUCCAGAACGACGGAGACUUUCUGGUGAGGAAGAGUCAGGAAAAGCAGGUGUACGUCAUCUCUGUGCAGUGGGAAGGAUCGUGCAAGCACUUCCUCAUUCAGUACACGGAUAAUUUGUACCGUCUGGAUGGAGAAGGUUUCCACAGCAUCCCGAAGCUUAUCAAUCACCUGCAGACGUCUCGUAUACCCGUCACCAAAAAGUCAGAGGCCAUCCUGAAGAAACCAAUACUGAAAGAUAAAUGGGUGCUGGAACAUGAUGACAUUGUCUUGGGCCCCCUCAUUGGAAAGGUGAGUACGUCUCACAUCUACUGGCAGAAACACUGAAGUGAUGUGAGAGAAAGCUUUACUUCAACACUGUUUUCAAAGUGAAAAGUGAUGGAAAAAAAAAAUAACCUACAUUCUCAAGUUUAGCUGUGACACAGCUUCACCUCUGUGGUUUUCCUCUUUAGUUUUCAUCUUAAUGGUGCCUGUUUUGGUGUUUCUGUUGCUUCAGCUCAGAUUUCCGAGCUUUCUGUCUCUAGAAAGUUAUUUUUAAUUUCAGCGUCACUUGGGAGUUAAUUUCUGCACAGCAGGAAGACUAUUGAUGUUAACUGCUUUUGCUUAAAUUUAAACUGCUUCGGGGGGAAACACCACAGCGGUCCCACUUCAUUAUGUUUGCUGGCUACAGGUCAGCAACACUGCUGGGUAUAAAAUGUACAACACAGAAAGGCUGGAGAAAAGUUAACUCAUCUGUGAAACACUAAACCUUCAAGCUGUUUUGUAAUCUAAAAGUAAAAAUUUCAUUGCACUGUUUGUGUUAGAUAGAAAAUAUUGAUGGAUGUAUUGAUGUAAGGCAAAACCAGUGGGGGGUUGUAAGGAGGGAUAUUAAAAACUGAUUUUAACCGCGAGUAUGGAGAGUAAAACAUGAAAAUCUCUGCAGCAGGUCAAGAACACUUACUGCAUCUGCAGUUGCAAGCCCAAUUUAAAUCCUCAUGAAGGGGGAAAAAGUAAUUUAAGAUCCUUAAACGACACAACCUUUCUUUGGUUUCAUUUAAUUUGCUGUUAAGUUUUAGAUUCCUUUGGGAAAUCAUGGCUGCUGCAUCCUCAGGGCUGGAGAGACAAAGGAAGAGCUUAUGACAUGGACAUGGAUAGAAAUCAGUGCAGGAUAUCGUGUUAGGAUCUGAAAUAUUAAUACCGUAUUACAUUAAUAUAGUUGAAGUCAUGGGAAAAAACCCCCAACAAGAUCAGAUUUAGUCAAAAUAGCUUGAAUUAGUCAUUUAAGUCUCUUUUUUUUUCUGGAUAUUGCUUCAUAUUGCUGAAGUUCUCAGCCGUUUAUAUGUGCAAAGCUCACUGAAGGUCUCACCACAUAUCAGUCUCAUUUAGAUCUGGUCUGGGUUGCAGAGCGCUCAUGUUCUGUGAGAAGAAAAUUUGUGUUGUGUUUGCUUUUUGCAAAAGAUGCUGCAGUGCAUUAGGACCAAAUAUUUCUACGUUAGUCUAAUCUUUUCUAAUUGCAUUUUUCCGGAAGCCUUGGGAUUCAUGCGACUUUGCAACAUGCUGUCGGUUUCUUCUGGCAGCCCUUUCAUUUCAAACAAUCCAAACUUGUUCAGACUUUUUCUGAAUUACCUCAUGUUUAAGAUAGUUUUAAUUUUUAAAAUAGGAUCCUGUAAAAGGCCUUUAGAGUCUGAGAUGCAACUUUUGGAUUUUAAUGCCGUCAUUAGACAAAAUUAAGAUCAAUUUUCCUUUUAAAGCAACAGAAUUUAGUCUCAUUAAAUCACCAAAAAUAAAGUGCUGUUAUUAGAAGAGGUGAUGCAACACAUGUCUUGCUGAGAUCUACAUCAACACUAGGUUUGAUUUUUUUAUUCCACACAACUUCCCACCUUUUGUAAUGACUUCAUACAUGGCAUUAAAGAUUAGAAACUUUUAGCUCUUUCAGUAUUAAGGCUGAACUCACCAAGAAGAGGUUGGAGUCCUUGUGAAACGGCGUUUUGAUUAAAGUCCGAAAAACCUAGAGGCUGGAGUCCUUGUCAAAUGGUGUUUUUGACUAAAUUUCCAGAGGGUUAGAGUCCCAGUUAAUGACGUUUAACUG